AUGGGCGCUGCCGACGAAGAUGUCAAUGCGCUCAGCACUGCGGAGACCAAAACCGGCGCAAAGACUCAUCUGCCCGCACUCAAUGGAGCUUCAAAGCUGCCUUACGAGCUUGUCCUCGACGUCAUGAAUCAUGCCAUUCUCCAAGCUGAGAGGAACGAUUUUCCUACUCGCAGUCUACUUCACAUCAAUCGGAAGGUUGUCGACAACGAUGCGUGGAGUGCUGUGGGGCAUCCUCGUGCGGCACUCAAACCACUUGUCGAGCGCAUGAGCAAAGUCUACGUUGGGAACGGCAGCUUCUUUACGCCAAUCAACUUCGAUGAUGUUGAAAUCUUAAAGUCUCUCCCCAGUCUUCGUCGGGUCGACCUAGACAUUGGAAGAAAGGGAUAUCUGGAGUGGGGUCAAGAGGACGGACUGGUUGAAUUGGAAGUCGGAUCCGGUGACUGGAAAAUCUAUGCAGAAUUAUUUCCGGAUCUUCCAGACUGGGCAGAAAACCACGAGUCUACCUUUCCUACAAUAUAG